AUGCUCAGGAAGUCGUUGUGCCUGGCUACUGUACUCCUGGUAUUUGCAGCUAUCGAGUAUCAACGGAUUACGGAUCUGAUUCCGGAUGGAAUCAGGAAUGAAAUGCCCAAGAAAAUGGUAGAGGAACUGGACAAACUGAGUGUUCAGGACUUGAAGGUAUCUUUAUCUAAAAGACAAAUAAAUAAUUUCCUAUCCAGGCAUUGAAGAACAUCGCGCUUCGAUGGCCGGAGUUUCGUUCUAUUGUGAAAUUGCAAGAUGUGAUGAAAGAAGAAAGUCCCCGGAUCACCUACCUUCUGGAUAAUUUAAUCGAAUUAUUUCACGAGAAAGUUGGAGAUGGUAUUGAUUCUCUGCCCAACACUACCCACGAAUUCAUUGACAAGGCUGCUACUAUCAUCAGAAAGGGAGGAAAUACCAUCAGAACCAUCUACGACUACGAAAAACCUGAGGUGAAAGACAAUUUGAGAGAAGUUUUCCCCCAGAUCAUGUUGCUGGUCGAAAGUAAGUUUUUCAUGAAGAAAUCUGCUCAAUGUAACGAAAUGUCAAGUUCCAGAAAUCAAUGAUAUGGGUUGAAAUGCGUCCUUUCUAAUCACGUUAUGAUUUUUAGAUCCGUCCCUGAAGAAUGUGUUCUUCAGCUAUAUGUGUGGCAGUAAAUCCGAUGGUCUUAUUCUGAAUGGAUCCGCUGCUUAUCGCGGCGCCUUCGGAGCUCAGAGAUACGGGAGUCGAGGAAGUUAUUAUAGCCGAUUCAGAGGUCGCUACGGAUAA